AAGACACUUUAUCGAUUUGCAGCGAUACGCGCAGAAUUUCACCCGUUCGAAAAAAAAGAGGAAAAAAAAUAGCACAACCACGAUUUUCGAGAAAUCGCACGCUUCGCAUUUCCGCUGAUUUGAAGGUUCAUUCAGCCGACCCCAAAAUCACUCUUCCUCUUUCUUUUGCCACCUACCCGCUCUCGUUUCUUCGCAUGUUCACGAAUUUCCACUUGUAACGUGUCACGAAGUGAGGUGUAAUUUUGCCGAAGCGUACUACUCUGCGUACGAGCGAGUGAGAAGUGACAGAUCUAUCUAGCGAGUUCGAUCGACAAGAGUGCGAAAAGAGCUUCCCGUAAAGAUGUCUUCGCCGCACGUUAGUAACUCGCGCGACCCGAACAAAAGCAUUUCCAGCCGGAAGAAGUGGUGGAAGCGAAGAGGUCUCAAGUGGUCACUCGGGUUGAACGCGUUUGAACGUUUCGCACUCCCGUUUUGCUUGCUGAGUCUCGUUGUCCCGAGGAUAAACGCACGUCCGGCUUGUCCCGAUAUGGAAAUGUCAGAAGACAACGAUAUAACGUGUGACAUCGUACGCGACAUUCUCGACACCCACAACAGGAUACGUCAGUCUAUCGCCGAAGGAUCAAUUAAUACUCAACCACCUGCUGUCAAUAUGCGCGAGCUGUACUGGGAUUCCGAGCUCGCAUCUGGCGCCCAAGACUGGGCGAAUCAAUGCGUCUUCGAGCACAACGAUCCUAAAGACAGAGAAGUCGCGAGAUUCCCCGUUGGACAGAAUAUUGGCUUGAUGAAGUCAAUGCGAAAAAAUCAAGAUAGCGUAAAAAUUGAUUUUCCUAAGCAGAUACAUAAUUGGUUUGACGAGCAUAACGUGUACCAGUUCGGCGUGAUUGACGAAAAAACUUUACCAGCAGUUGGCCAUUAUACACAGCUCGCUUGGGCGGCAACCUAUUUAAUCGGAUGCGGAUAUUCUCAUUAUAAAGCGUCGGAUCGUACGAUUUUCCAGCUCUAUGUCUGUCAUUAUGGACCAACUGGCAACGAAAUCGGCAAGCCACCGUACAUCGUAGGCAACCGCAAUUGUCAUCAUUUGUCAUUUCUGGAAGCUUCGAACGUAUAUUCCAAUCUCUGCGUACGAGCAUCAACAAAGUAA